GUGUCGUGGGCGGGGUCGCGCAUGCUCACUUGGGCAGUGGGCCUGGAGCACAUCAAGAUGUCCACCAUGACGGUUCCGGAGCUGAAGCAGAUCAGCCGGGAGGAAGCAAUGCGCUUGGGGCCCGGCUGGAGCCACUCUUGCCACGCUAUGCUGUAUGCCGCCAACCCCGGGCAGCUCUUCGGCCGUAUCCCUAUGCGCUUCUCGGUGCUGAUGCAGAUGCGCUUCGAUGGGCUGCUGGGCUUCCCAGGGGGGUUCGUGGACCGGCGCUUCUGGUCGCUGGAGGAUGGCUUAAACCGGGUGCUGGGCCUGGGCCUGGGCGGCCUGCGCCUUACCGAAGCUGACUACCUGAGCUCACACCUGACUGAAGGUCCACAGCGGGUGGUGGCACACCUGUACGCACGGCAGCUGACACUGGAGCAGCUGCACGCUGUGGAGAUCAGCGCCGUGCACUCUCGGGACCACGGCCUGGAGGUGCUGGGCCUUGUACGUGUGCCGCUGUAUACCCAGAAGGAUCGAGUAGGAGGCUUUCCUAACUUCCUGAGCAACGCCUUCGUCAGCACCGCCAAGUACCAGCUCCUGUUUGCCCUUAAGGUCCUCAACAUGAUGCCCUCGGAAAAGCUGGCUGAGGCCUUGGCCUCAGCCACAGAGAAGCAGAAGAAAGCCCUAGAAAAGCUGCUCCCAGCCUCAUCCUGAGGAGGUUCCUCUACGGGUUCUUGGCCUCCUUUGCCUGUCCUUGCCCCACAGGCUCCGGAAUUCCCGAGAAGCGUGCCUUCUAGUGUUUGGUUUUGCACCCCUUCUGACUGCAAGGGACAAGCAGGCAGCUGUUCAUCUUUCCUGUCCCAAGCAGUCCAUGGGGCCUAGCUACCCUCUCAGGUUGGUCAAUGGUGUGGCCUGGGCCUGGCUUUUCAAGCUGAAGAUGCUCUCGCCCAUCCCAAGGCUCAAACUGUCCUGUGUGAGUCUGUUCAUGACUGGUGGAGUCCCAGCUAGAGCUCACUCUUCCAAGGCAACCAGUUGGUUGGUACAUAGCUCCUGGACUGGCCAGGGGUUUGUUAAUGGAGGUGACCUGUAAUGUUCCAUCACUCCUUCCCUUAGCCCAGAACCUGAUCCAGCUUGGGGUAGGAUGGUCAUUUGGGCAGUUGGCUUUCUCUGUUAAGUUUUUCUUUCUUAGUGUGUGAACUGUGGGUUGGUUUCAGAAUGGCUGUGCCCCACGUGGCUUUGCUUUCCCAUGUGGGCUUUGGCUCAGCUCUUGUGAAAGUGAGGA